AUGGUCGUUGGAGGCCCAACCAUUACACUUUCCAAUGGCGUGAAAAUGCCACAAGUUGGAUUGGGAACCUGGCAGUCAACUCCAGCUGAAGUAAAAAGUGCCGUGAAAGCGGCUAUCGAGGCCGGCUAUCGUCUGAUCGAUACAGCUGAAGCAUAUCAGAACGAGGAUGCGAUCGGUGAAGCCAUCAAGGAAUUGAUUCAGGAUGGGAAAAUCACAAGAGAGGAGCUCUUUAUAACAACAAAGUUAUUUUUGACGCGUAUGCAUCCGGACGAGGUCGAAGGUGCUCUUCAAGAGUCACUUCGACGACUUCAACUGCACUACGUUGAUCUUUACUUGGCACAUGGUCCGAACAGCGUUUAA